UUCUAUACACUUUUUGCUCAAAAUGCGAAUGAUUAUUGUUCCUUGUUGUCUUGCCCUUUUUGUGGCACUAGUCGCAUGCGAGGGUACUGCUGCAGAGGACACGAAGGCGGAGGAGACCCAAGUUGAGACGAAGGAAUCGCAGAAUGUGGAGAAGCGCGGUCUGCACUCUUCCUUUGGCGAUUUCGGCCACGACUUCGGUGGACACGAUGACCACCAUCACCACGAGCACAUCAAGACGGUGACGAUCGAGAAGAAGGUCCCGGUGCCGUACACCGUCGAGAAGCACGUCCCGUACACGGUCGAGAAGAAGGUGCCGUACGAGGUGAAGGUCCCCAUCCCGCAGCCCUACAUCGUCGAGAAGAAGGUCCCGGUGCACGUCAAGGAAGUGGUGAAAUACCCAGUCCACGUCCCGGCUCCGUACACCGUCGAGAAGAAGGUCCCGUACGAGGUGAAGUACCCAGUCGACAAGCCGUACGAAGUGAAGGUGCACGUGCCCCAGCCCUACACCGUCGAGAAGAAGGUGCCCUAUGAGGUGAAGGUGCACGUCCCAGUCCCGUACACGGUCGAGAAGAAGGUCCCGUACGAGGUUAAGUAUGAGGUGCCAGUCCCGAAGCCGUACACCGUCAUCAAGAAGGUGCCCUAUGAGGUGAAGGUCCCAGUUGACAAGCCCUACAAGGUGGAGGUCCCCAAACCGUACCCAGUUGAGGUGCCCAAACCGUACCCGGUCAUCGUCGAGAAGAAGGUGCCGUACGAGGUGAAGGUCCCGGUCGACAAGCCUUACAAGGUGGAAGUGCCCAAGCCCUACAAGGUGGAGGUUAAGGUGCCCUACCCAGCUCCGUACACCGUCGAGAAGAAGGUGCCGUACACCGUCGAGAAGCCGAUCCCGUACGAGGUGAAGGUCCCGAUCGACAAGCCGUACCCAGUGUACAAGGAAGUCAAGGUCCCAGUCGAGAAGGAGGUCCCAUACCCCGUGAAGGUCCCAGUCCAUGUACCAGUCCAUGUUCACAAAGAAGAACACCAUGAUCAUUCGUAUGAACACCACGAUCUGCACUAAGCGCUCUAUCCUCUUCCCUCACCAAUCAUCCCCCAAAUCCCGACCGGGCGUACCGCUGCAGGUUGGAGUCACUUGUUGUUUUUAGUUAGUUGUUGAUCGUUCAUCACUGCCGUAGAAGAAGACGCGCAUGGUUCCUGUCGUGCGGUCGCACUAGCGCGCCCCCGUCAUCUCAUAGUAGUCCCCCCUGUUUUCGCCUCAUAAUACCUAAGACCGAGAUGUACGAGAUGUAGACGUUCAUCCGUUUUCAUUUUGUCUCCCACCCCCACCGAGCUGGGGGUGGGCUUUAUUGUUUUAUAAUUUUUUUUUUGAUAAUAUGUUUUACGCUUUUAUUACGAUCGACCAGCGCAGAGUGGGUCCAGCGGCCCCAGGGUACCGCCCGAUGAUCCCACACGUUUUGGCGAUAAAUCCCGCGGUGCCGGUGCAGGACCGCUGUCCCUUCGCUCUGGACGCUGCUCCCGUGUCGUUGACUUCCUCUGUAUGUCCUCUGUUUACCAAAGUCCCGCCCCGUGAUGGGGCUGAAUCUGUUUUUCGACUUGCAAUGAAGAGAAGAAAACAUCGGAUUUUUGUUUACCAAUGCCACUUUCGGAUACGUUUCGCCGUUACAACAUACCAAAAAAUAGGAGCACACGCAAAAAAAAACAUAA